AUGGCUGCCUUCAAAGCAUUUUGGAACAGUCCAGUUGGUCCUAAAACAUCUCACUUUUGGGGACCUGUUGCCAACUGGGGAUUCGUCGCAGCUGGUUUGGCUGACAUCAAUAAACCUCCAGAAAUGAUCUCUGGCAACAUGACAGGAGCAAUGUGUGUUUAUUCAGCGUUGUUCAUGAGAUUUGCAUGGAUGGUUCAGCCACGCAAUUAUCUACUUCUUGCAUGUCAUGCUUCAAAUGAGACUGUUCAGCUCUAUCAACAUACCCGAUGGGCAAAGGCGGAAGGGUAUCUCUCGGGGAAGAAGGAGAAAGAAGCUUCAUCAGAGUGA